AUGAUUGUUACAAAACUUACGGAACGCCUUGGUAUUCGAGUGCCAGUCGUUCAAGGAGGAAUGCAAUGGGUCGGGCUACCAGCUCUCGCAUCCGCAGUAUCCAACGCAGGGGGUUUAGGAAUACUCACUGCAUUAUCUCAACCAUCUCCCGACGCGCUUCGUGAGGCUAUCAAAGAAACCCGGAAGCUGACGGACAAGCCGUUUGGAGCUCGCGCUGCUGUAGAAGAGGGUGUCCGUAUCUUCGAAACAGCGGGGAACAAUCCUGGACCUCUAAUCAAGUUCUUCAAGUCCCAGGGGUGCUUUGUGAUUCACAAAUGUACUACGAUUCGCCAUGCUAAAUCUGCCCAGAAGAUGGGAGUCGACUUUCUUAGCAUUGACGGAUUUGAAUGUGCUGGCCAUCCCGGCGAAGAGGACAUAGGCGGUUUGGUUCUUCUCGCACGCGCUGCUCAAGAACUGGAGGUUCCGUAUAUUGCAUCUGGGGGCUUCGGUGAUGCCCGGGGGCUCGUUGCUGCUCUGUCUCUGGGUGCGCAGGGAGUAAACAUGGGCACACGCUUUAUGGUAACAAAAGAGGCCCCCAUACACAAAGACAUCAAGGAAAAAAUGAUCUCGUCUUCGGAAGUUGAUACUCUCCAUAUAUUCAGGUCCUUGCGGAAUACAGCUCGUGUCUACAAGAAUGCUGUCUCGAGCGAAGUGGUUCGACUCGAACGAAGGCCCGGAGGUGCUCAAUUUUCUGAAUUAAAGGAUCUCGUAAGCGGCCUUCGCGGGAAGAAAGUAUACGAAACUGGGGACUCGGAUGCUGGUAUUUGGUCCGCCGGAAUUGUUAUGGGUCUCAUCAAAGAUUGUCCUUCAUGCGCAGAGCUAUUGCAGAGAAUAGAGGAAGAGGCAGAGUCCCUCAUUCAGGGUAUGGCUCGUUUAGUAGUUCGAGGACAUGCAAAACUUUGA